GGCGUCCCUAGAGUCCACAAAACAGCAGUAUGCAUGGCCACUUUUAAAAAUGGGUUUAACUGCUUCUAAUACAGAGCGAGAAUUGCAUGAACUUUAAUUUAAACAAGGCAUUCUAUUCAUGAAUUAACCAAAGGAGUAUUCUAUUCCAUUUAGAUACUUUGUCUCGAUGGUUAAAGCGAGAUAUUUGUUGGUAAAGACGACCUAAUGAGUCUUUCAGGUAAUCCAUAUUCAUCCGCUCUGAGUUCCUGCCUCACGCGCAGUGAAGGGAGCGGAACCCGGAUGGAACUGUCAUGGCUGCCGUCACCGACCUGCCAGUCUAAAGAGAAAAAAGAGGAGCCUUUAUUUUAAAGCAUGGAGGUUGACCUGACGACAUCAGAUGAUCCCCCUGAAAGCCAUGACCUGAGCCAGGAUGAUGACACCUCACUGGACCACACUUUGCCUCUCAAAUUGGCACAUCAGCUUCCAGAGACAGCCUCUUGCAAUGAACAUUGUGACCAAGAAACACCCCCUGAGGAGUCAGCCACUGAUAAUCUUCACACAGACGGCAAAGCUUCUGGAAAGACUCCAUGUAAGAUGCAGCAGGGUGCAAUCUUCUCUGGAAAAAUACUGAGUUUUUGUUGCUCUGAAUGCAAAGACGACACCACUUACAGCCCUAAUGACUUGCUGAAACAUUUUCAAGGAACACACAAGGGGACGCUUCCUACUUAUCCUUGUGAUCUGUGCUUGUUUGUCACCAAUGAAUUCUCAUCUCUUCAGCGACAUCGCAUCGGACAUCGAAACACUUUGGUCACGUGUGAGAUUUGCAACGAUGGGGUGCAGUAUUCGCUUCUUUUGCUCACCAGGCACUUUACCAACUGCCACAGCCGUAAUGGACAGUUUCUCUGUAAAAAGUGUGAGUUCUCCACCCGAGAUGCAGGAACCUUUGUUCAACACAUCCAUCAUCACAACGAACGUAAUCACAAAUGUAUGAAAUGUCCACAUGGCAGCCCCACACAAGGGGAGCAUCAGAGGCAUAACAUGGUGCAUUCUGGGACUUUUCCUUUCUCUUGUCAGAUUUGUGGCUAUAGUGCAGCUCGCAGAGAUUAUCUGAACAAACAUCUUACUGUGGCACACGGUGAGGAAAUGAACAAGUGGAGAGCAAAUGAGGAUAGUUCUGGAGUUAAUUCACCUGGACGGUUGCUUAAAAAGUCUCCUCCAGUUGGAGGAUCCAGAGAAACAAAACGUAACUCAAUCGCCGGUGUAGGUCUGCUUGAUCAUAACGGCAGGUUGUUUAAUCCUGAAAAAACCUUGGAGGAGACCCAGCAGUUCCUUGAAAGAGCGGUCGGGGUUAAAAAGGAGAGUGUUAAAUGGACAAAGUCUCCCCUAAAAAGUGAGCCGCAAAUUUUGCACCUCAUUCCAUCAACAACGCCACAACCAAAGUUACAAGAGCAUGAGAUUAGUCCAGGAAGUCCAGGACUUCUGAAUUCAGCCAACAACAAUGGACUGACUGUCCUUAUGGUGAAAAAUAAAAUUUCCAUUCCACCGAACUGCACCACUAAAGUCAUGGGCUUUAAGAUGGUAGAUGGUAAAAAACAUUUAGUUCUAAAAGUCAUACCGACAAAACAAGAGGACUCCACUGAAAAUGAGGGUUCUGAUUCACACAUUGGUGACGAUGAAGAUAAAAUAACCAGCAGCCCGUGCUCUUCAUCCUCACCAAGCAUAGGAUCUCUCCUCAGUUUAGAGUCUGGUGAAUCAAAUGAGACAUCUUCAAUAAAAGAAGAGUCACAGGAAGUUGAAAAUCACAUUGGCAACCAUCUCCCCAUGACAGAUGAGCACAAAGUUAGCUUUGAGAGUGCAAGUAAAGCUAAAGCAGGGCAGGUAAAUAAUGAGGAUACUGAAGUCUCACGUAGUGUUAAAGUACUGUCUACGGCAUCAAAAGAUGCUGCACCUUCCCUGUGUCAGAGCCGUCAAUCCAAUGGAAGGUCAUCACCUCAUCUGCAUGAGGUAUCUUUCCUCUGUUCAAUUGAGAAAUGCUCCACUGAUGAUAUCCAGACAGCCAGCACACUUCCUGUUUCAACUAAAGAGCUUUCCUCCACUGAUUCUGAUUUGCAGAUGGCUCAAGUAGAUUUAUCUAAAUAUGAGGCUAGAGCGUUAGCUUCAGUUAUGGAUGAACCCUCAGGAUCACAGUCAUCUGCUGAUGAAAGCACAUGUCCUGAUGCAGUUUCUGAUUUAGAAUCAAACCCUGAAAUGUCUAUAGAAGGCAAGUCCACAAACACAGAUAUCCUGAAAUCUAAACUUCCAUCAAAAGCAACUGUAGAUGCAACAUUUUCAGGGAUGUUGGAAGAAUCUCUUAUCCAGGAACCCAGCGAGAAUAGCACUGAACCAAACUCCACUAUCAAAAGUCCUGUCGAAAAGAGCAUCCUUGAUUUAGAGGCUAAAAAAGAGCAGGAUUCUGACCAAGUUGAGACCUUAUGCAAGAUGACUGACAUUAAGACCUCUACCGCAGAAGUUGAAGAGAGCUUUCAGUUUUACCAAAAUGCUAAUUCUGACUCAAGUGAGACUCCAGCCUCAGACAGUAUUGUUGUAAAGUCGUCUGAAGUAACUAAAAACAAAACAACUGAGGCUAACGCACAAAAUGAAACUAGUAAAAGUGCAUCAACUGAAGCCAAAGAUAGUAACACAGAAGUUGUAAAUAACUUUCUCAGUUCCCCAAGUCAAGAGGUCUUUAGUUUCCACAAUUAUUCUAAAGACACUUCUGGGAGCUCUCCUGAUUCAUUGCUGCCUGAGGAAGACUUAACGCAGGGCUUGGAGGAAGAAGAGUGUGAAGAGGAUUUUGGUGAUUGGAGCUUAACUCUGCCACCAUCGCCUCCUCUUCCAACUGAAGAAGAUAGCAAGGGAGGGGCUGAUGAGAGUGAUCUGGUCUCUGAAAGUGGAGAGAAGACAUUAGAGAGAGUGUCAGAUAGUGAUAUUGAGGUCGAUGAGUGCAUAGCUACUGUCGAUGAUUCACUCAUUCCUGUGCUUCCAGAAAAAGAAGGAGAAGCAGCUUGUUCAUCAGCACCAGAGAAGAUACAGGAAGGUGUCACCUGUGCGAGCGAGAACACAGCAGCAAGUGUGAAUAGUGCAGCUGUUUUGGGCAAGAUACUUGAAAAGCACUCAGACGCCAUAAUCAGCCAGCAACUUGAGAAAGAAAGAAUGAGGUCUUCAGCGACAGUACAAGAAACUGUUAGGCCGACCAAAACCACACUUCGGAUCUUGCAGACACCUGAAGGAAAACAGCAGAUGUUCCUUCAAACUACAGACACUCCAUAUGCCGUCCCAGUUCAGCUGAAAAGUGGAGCUGGGUUCAAGCUAAUUACUAAAUCCUGUUCUCCCAAAAUUAAUGUGUCUUAUGUGAAACCUGGGAUUGAGAUGGCCAGCAAGACUACGGGAGUAGCUCUUACUUUAAAUGGAGGCAGAAUUGGCUUGUCUGCACAGAAUUCCAAUCUUGAAACAAAAGGUCAAGCGUCUGCACAGAUGGCACCAAGUGGCAGUGGAAACCGCUACUUCGUCAAUGCUUCUGCUCUUAAAACAUCUCUUCUCUUAUCAGGUGCUGUCAAGUCCUCAUCCGGAGAACAGGCGACCAACGUGCCACAGACUUGUUAUUUGGUUCAGAGACCACUCCCUGUUACCCCAGUUAGUAGUGAGUCAAGUGCUUCGAGUUCUAAGACUGUGCUUGCAACUCGUCCUGUAUUGGCCAUGCCUGUGAAUGCUGCAGAUAAAACCAGUCCUUUGCAGGCUGGGAGACAAGCUUACUUGGUUAGAUACAUUUCUCCUGCCAAGUCAGGUAUACUUUUGAACAAUUCAGACGGGAAAACUUCGAACGAGGCUGGCAAAAACAGGGUUUUCCUUAAGAUAGUUCGAGGUCCCAAUGGCACCAGAUUUCUCUCCACUGCUCCAUACACCACAGGCAAAAAAUCAGUAUACCUUGCCACAAGCUCUCUGCAGUCACCUUGUUUGUUAAUGUCCUCAAAUGAAUCUUUAACCAAUGUGUCUGCAGGACUUAAAACCUCUACUAAUUCAGAAGGUCUCAUUCAUAAACUCAUCCCCGCAUCCCAGCUUAAACAUAUUCUACCCCAGUCCAAUGUUCAGAUCAAAAGCAGGGCUGAUCACGAUGUAGCAUUACAGAAGUCGCCACUUGUUCCCUGUUCCAUCCGUCCACGUAGCCAAAGGAAACGGAGGCGAAGGGCUUUGUUUGAGGAAAUGCUGGAGAGCUCCUCCAAAAUGAGGAGAAUCUCCAGCAAGUCGUCGGCCGAGAAAGACGCUACCUCAAUUUGGGAGCCUGUUGCGAAAGAUAUGGUGAGAACGCUGAGGCUCUGUCCCUUUAGUCCACUUCAAGAAAUCAAAUGUCCCCGGCAAAACCAGCCUGUGGUUGUGCUGAACCAUCCAGAUGCAGACAUUCCUGAAGUUGCUAGCAUCAUGAGGUCCGUGAACAGAUACAAAGGUGAAGUUCUCAAGGUGGCGCUGUCCCAAGAUACAGUUAAAGCCCUGUCGGAGUUUCCAAGAACACUUGCAAAGCAGAAUGCUUCCAAUGGCAGUGGGGGUGAAAGAUCAAGGCCGGUAGGAGGUGCUGUUCAAGAGAGAUUCAUACUGAAACUGAAGUUAAAAAAGACUAGCAGAAAUAAAUAUGAGGUGGUGAGGUCCUCAUCUGCUGGUUCAGAGCAGCAGUCAACAUUUUGUUGCUGGUUUUGUGGCCGAGUUUUCAACAACCAAGAGGACUGGAUCGGCCAUGGUCAACGGCAUCUAAUGGAGGCAACAAGAGACUGGAAUAAGCUGUUCUAAUGCAACUACAGAGCCCCUGGAUUGGGCCAAAUUCCAUCCUUCAUUGUAGAAAACUGAUUUUUUUUUUUUUUUGUAAUAUUUUCUUUUCUUUUUUUUUAUAGUACAGUAAGAUACAGUUAACCUGUUGAUGUUAUUUUUCCAUAGAUUUGUCUUCAGAAGCUUUUAAAGGGUAUAGUGUAAUAGAGAAGAGUUUGGUACCUGAAACCAGUUUGUAUGUAAAUAAUUUUCACCCUUGUAUAUUUAAAUCAAAACCCUUGAGUAUGUAUAGAACGGAACUGUGAAAACUGGACACACUGUAUGUUUAUGGUGCAAGCAGAAAGAUCACUGGUAUAAGAUGGUGCUGUCUCUUAUAGACCUCUUUUAAUGCAGACAAUUGAACUGAAUUCUCAGGUAAUUCCAUCAUUUUUCAAUGAAUGAGUGAAUGGUCCAGUUUAUAAAAAAGUAAUCUGUGUUUGAUUGUAGAUUUUUAUGUACCAUUUAAGUACAGUUUAAGUUGGCUACAUUGUCAUACCUACAUCACUGAACCAAUUUUAAUUUCCAAUCAACGUCCUUUGGUGCUUAGAUAUCAUGAAAAUGUUCAAAGAAAUUGAAUUUUAUAUGCAAAUUUUAAAGGGAUAGUUCACCCAUAAUUAAAAAUGGUUAUUUUCUCACAUUCAUGUCGCUCCAAACCUGCACAACUUUUUCUUAUGUGAAACACAAAAAACAUUCUGAAGAAUGUAUCGCCAGUUUCAUCCAUGCAAUUAAAGUCAACAGGGUCAAACAUCAGACCCCACUGAAUUUCAUUCUACUGACAAUUUUCGAAAUAUCUUCAUAAAGGUUUGAUGUGACAUGAGGGUGAGUAAAUGAUGGUUGAAUUUUCAUUUUAAGGGUGAACUAUCCAUUUAAAUAUUAUUUAGGAAUUGUGACACACAUGAUAUUGCCUAAAAAUGCCCAACUGGUUCCUGUGGAAACCAUCCUGUUGAAAUGUUGUGUACUUUAAGGUGGUUUGCCAUUAAUACGCAGUAUUUGUUCUCAUGUUGUUGUUUUUUGGGUCAGUUUCAUGUUUCGCUGGUACCAUGCAGCUACCUUCAUUAUGUCAGUUUAGACCCGGUGUCAUUUUCAGUAGCAAUAAUGGACUUUAUAAUACUGUAGUUGGAAUUUUUCUCUGUAAAGAUAUUCUGAACCUACAUCUGUCAGUUAUGGCUUUGGUGCUUUUUGUUGUCCUUUUCCCUAUUUGAAAUGAAGUAAUGCACCUGUAAAUGUACUAUUAUGCUUUACUAAAAAAAAGGAUAAAACAGGAUGUAUUGAGAUGCAAGCCAACAAACCUCAAAUAGCCAACCAAACACUAACUGUAUUUUCAUUUUCUGUGAUACUUGAGUGCCUCAUUCUGCCUCAAAGUUUUAACAAAAGGGUCUGUUUUUCCAUGGUAAAGUCCAGAUUUCUAAGAUUCUUGUGUGCUUAGCAGAGUUCAAAGAUUGAAAGUUGUGACCAUUUAUCCUCGCUACAUUAGUUUUUUAUUUCAACUGCCUUAUAAACCACAAAAUUAGGAGUUGAGGCUUCCUUUAAACAAUUUAUAUUUAUAUUCUCAUUGAUAGCCCUAAUAUCAAGUCUUUUCAAUAUGGGUUUAUGCUCCAUAGAAACAAUUGGUUGACAGUUCAAAACUUAUCAAAACACAGAUGGUCAUUUGAGUUAUAAAAUUCAAUAUAUCCUUUGCAUUAAAAGCUCGGUUUACUAGAAAUUGAAUACAACUAUUGUUUUAAAAGUCAACACUAUCCAGAGCUGAUGGUGUACUCAAUGGUGCUUCUAAAUCUUUGUGAAUCUGCUUUUUUUUUGAGUUUUUUUUUUUUUUUUUUUUUAUAUAAUUUCUUGUUAAAUAUAGAUAAACACCCCACAAGUGUUCUGAUCUGCCACACUUAAGUCUCCCUGAGAGAUCUGUCUAAUUGUUAGGACGGGUGUCUUCAUUUGUCUGUGUACAUUAAUUGGUCUUUGUCCAUUGUGCUUGAAAGAAGCUUUGAUGGCAGAGAGGUAAUAAUCCAUCCUUGAUUUAAAAAGCUAUUGUUCAGUGUUUUAUAGUUGUCCGAAUAAAUCAGUGGAUUUUCUGAAGCUUUA